GCUCUUGUCCGUAGCUGUGAAUGCUGCUUGUACCCUGCGUGCAUUCGUUGAUGAAGGAUGGCGCUGUCGCGCCUCUCCCUUUUAUUUGAUUGUUUUAUUAUUUUAUUAUUUUCUGGUAUCGAAAACAUUCUGAAUUCGAGCUGCGAUGAGCACUUUUUUAGGGUAAAAAGGUAGUUGUUCGUUGAGCUUCCUGCUUCGAAAUCCUAGCACAACUGGUUUGACUGGUUGUGUGACAUUCUGGUUUGAAUUCGCUCAUGCAUGUGUGCUUCCACCGGUCCACUUUCUGUCACUUGAGGAGUCUGACCACAUCUUCUUGAAGUUCUGCUCCGGAGAAAGGCGAAGAGAUCUAUUUUUCUGUUGAGUUGGGAGACUUUCAAGUUGUGUGGACUUGUUUUGCUCAUUUCCUCCCCGUGCGGAGCUUCGCACCAAUCCUUCGUCUCAUGGCAUCGCCUCGUGCAAAUAUCCACGUAGCGUCUUCUGAUUGGUGUCUUUACGAGAUUCCCUUAGUAAUGGUCUAACAUUCCACAAACAGCAGCAGAACUUGUGGCGCAGAGAAUCCAAGUUACAAGCUAGUGGUUUACACGUUACGAAGGAGAUUCUGUCCAGGCGAUUCGUGACAAGAACAAUCCGGCACUACUAGCUGCUACAAUAAGGCUGGAUUCGGCUGCUGAGGAUCCGAGUGUGCAAGCAUUGUUAACAAGUAUAAUGGCGACUCGUGAUAAGUGCAACAGGACACCACUUGGAACUGUAGCAAAAGCAGAGCAAGACUCACCUGCGGAGGAUCUAAGUGUGACAGGAUUGCUAAGGGAUGGAAUGGAGUCGGUUCCUGCGAGGUUUAUUCGGACAGAGUCGGAGCUGGCCAGCUUCUGUCCGCACAACUCCAUGGCCCUGGAACCCAUUCCUAUGAUCGACAUUGAAGGUUUGCAUGACUACCGGUGCCAGUUCACCAUGGCCGCCAUAUCCAGUGCUUGCCGUCACUGGGGCUGCUUUCAGGUUGUGAAUCACGACAUACCUCAACCAGUACUAGACGCCGCGCUUAAAGCAGCCAGGGAUUUUUUUGAAAUGCCCUCAAAAGAGAAGCAAUCGUAUGAGAAGGAGACGUCGGAGUCAAACGGAUCCGACAAUGGCAUCCAGUCCUUGGAAUCGAAGGACAAGGUGGUGGACUGGGGCGAUGUCAUGUUCCAUGAAGAUUUGAAGAACUGGCCUGCCAAUCCUCCAGAUUACAAGAAUGCGAUGCUCAGCUAUGCUCGAGAGUCACAGAAGGUCAUGGAAAAACUCCUGGACGUGGUAUCGAAGGAGCUCCGGUUGGUGCCAACCUACUUCCGUGACCUGUUUGGAGAUUUCGAACAGUCUCUUCGUGUGAAUCACUAUCCACCGUGUCCGCAGCCAGAGCUUGUCCUGGGAUUAAGGCCUCAUACAGAUCCAGUAGUGUUUACGGCCCUUCUGGAAGACCAGACCCGAGGACUCCAGGUCAGGAAUGGCGAUAAAUGGGUUACCGUGGAUCCUGAACCUGAUGCUCUUGUCAUCUUCGUCGGUGAACAGCUUCAGGUUGCAAGCAACGGCCGGUAUACAGCCGUUACUCACCGCGCCGUUGUAAACAAAACCACCGAUCGAAUUUCUAUUGCGAUGGGACUGGCGCCGAACUCGAAAGUGCUUGUGAGGCCUGCACCAGAGCUUUUAGAAAAAUCGAGCCCUCCUCGAUAUGAAGCACGCACCUACGGAGAGUUUCGAGCGACUGUCUCUCACGGUGUCCGCUGGUAAACACAUUGAAACUCAUUGACGUAUACGUCAAGCACCAGCCUUUCAAAUUUGUAGAAGCUUUGACAGCCAGUGGGCGAAACACUUCCACAAGUAUACACAAAAGCUUCUACGGAUGGCCUUCAGCCUCCCCCAUUAGUUGCGCACGUGCAAUCAGAUUUUCAUAUAGACGUCGACGUGCUUGUAACGCUUUGUAACUUCAAGCCUGACUAGAUGUGACUUUGUGAGACUUGUUUUCUCUCUUGUGGCAUGUUGGGCUGGAGGUGAUUGCGUAUAUGAUUCUCACAGUUCGCGAAAAUGUUUUCGCGUCAUGUUUCCCCUUCCUCAUGCCCAAUCUACGAAAAGAAUAACAAUGAAUAAUUCUCCAAGACGGAUCAGUUUGGUGAAGAUUGUGUCGAUCUAUGUCGUGUUUUAGUUGGUUUUGUGUGAUAAAGCGUGGAAGAUCUCAACGUACGCAAUUCGAAGCAUCGUUCGAAUUUGAUAGCCGCUGGCGUGAUUGUUACCGAUAAUGAUAAAUCCAAGUUAUACUCUCUUA